AUGGAACCGAUCACCUAUCACGUCGCCAGCCAGUACUUGGUCUCAGAGGGGCUCGAGGGCUUCCUCGAAGCCGACCGCAUGAUGUCGCGCCGCGAAUCAUGCUUCUGUGCGCCCGAGCACGAGCACGAGAUGCCGCACGCAGCUGCGGCCCGCCACCAAACUGUUCCCGCUCUCGCGCUGCGCGCCGGAUUGGCCGAAUCCGAUGAUCAGCCGGAAAUACCGCGAGACGUGCAUGAUCACCAGGUAGGGAUCACCGUCGAAGCAGCCGACCCGGUCCCGUCCGCCGCCGGGAUAAGCGAGGCAAUGACGGCCGGCGCCCGAGCGGGUGCUCCCGCAGAAUCGUGCACAGUGCUGUACCUCGGCGACGGAGCCGCGCUGUGCCAGAGCAGUAGGGAAGACAUCCAGAGGACGAAGGCAUCCUUCGGUCCGUCGUCGUCGGCGCUCUCGGCCGACGGCUGCGGUACCGCCGAGACCACCGUAGGUCCCCCGUCGGCGAUCCACGCGAUUGCGACGGCCGGCAAUACCCUGUGCUAUGUGGCGAUAUGCGGCGUCUGCUACAUCUCCGUCGGACCGUGCAUAUCAUCAGAGAUCGUGCGAGCGUGGCAAGCGCACACGCUGAGAUGCCAGGGUGAAGAGAGCUCUCGGGGUUCCCGCUCCGAAUCCCCGCCGCUGGGCCGCUGGCUCGACACGCCCUCCCAGGAAGACGCCGAUCUCGACGCCAUAGCCUCAGCCGCCAGUUCUAGCUACGGCACGCCUCCGCCACCUCCCGGCUACGUCCCCUCACCCUACCUCUCGCCAUACCCCGACCGCGAAGCCGACGCGCGCAGCAGCAUCGGCGGCUCCAGCGGCGCCAUCUCCGGUUCCUCGGUGCUCUCCUCUCCGAGCAGCAGCGGCAUGCGUUCCGUCGGCUCGCGCAAGACUCUCGCGAGCCGGCGUCGCGCACGCCGACGGAAGCCCUCAUGCACGUUCACACACACGCCGGUUCCCUCGCACCCCGGCGACGCCGUCGCCGACGGCGCGCCACGCUUCACCUGCACGUUCUGCAGCCGGGUAUCGUUCCCAACGGUGGGGAACUGGACGCGGCACGAGGAGGUGGUGCACCUGAUCCUCAAGAAGUGGAUCUGCGCGCCGGACGGGGCGCGAACGCGGCAGGGGAACUGCGUCUACUGCCGGUGCGGGCCCUGCGAUACGGCGAAGUGCGAGUAUUCCUGUCGCAGCCGCUGCGCGGAGAAGGGGGAGGACCAGCGCACGUUCGCGAGGAAAGACCACCUUAAGCAGCAUCUGAUGACUGUCCACCGCGUCCGCUGGAGUUCGCCGUUUAAUCGCUGGUUCGUCGAUACUGGAUUGCCGGUGCGCUCGAGAUGUGGCUUCUGCGGAGAGUGCUUCGAUAGCUGGGCUAUGAGGAAGAAACAUGUCGCCGCUGAGUUCAAGAACGGCAGGAAGAUGAGUCAGUGGCGCGGCGAUUGGGGGCUGACCCCCGAUUGGGCGAGGAAACUCGAUAAUGCUGUCCUGCCAGAGUUGGUGUUCGCCGUAAAGGUUACCGACGAUGAUCUGGCGUUUUUGGAGUGCAAGGUCGUGGAGUAAUGAUACACCUACAGCCAAGUUCUCUGAGGGAGAGAGAUGCGGUCCAUAGGUAUUAGGAGAAACUGGUCCUGCGAAUGUGGUCAGAUUAUAGAUGUAUGUACAUAUUUACGGCAACCGCCUAGACGGAGGAGCGUGAGGUUCGGAGCGCAGGCACAUUCCGGCGUUGGUGAUUAUAAGGAACUCGGGGGGACCCAGAACUGACCACCGGGAAGUCAGCUGGGCACGAUGGCACAUAGAUACAGGUCCCCCGAGUGGACACGGCGGACAGGAACCAGUGGCCUUUCUUUCAAGGUGACCUGGAUGUAUGAUAGAAAACGUGCGGUAUGUAAUUCUAUAGAAU